UGAUUUUAAAAACCUGUGCGUUUAAAUAUUUCAAACAUCUGUUCAAAUGUUAUAUUUUCGUCACGACUGUCUAUAAUUACCACUUUCGCAUGUUUUUUAUUAAAUUAUCAGCAACUGAUAAGAACAGUUGUCUUGAAUAAUGUGUGGUCAUGGCAAUAGUUACUUUGCUAAAGUUUCUGUAGUGAUUCUUAUGGUUUCAUAUACAUCUGGAUGGUUUACCCAUGCACGAAGAGUAAAACGAGUUAUUAAAGGAAUAGAAGUGGAAUAUGGUACUCAACCUCGAGUGGCAUCACUGCGAAGAACAAAUACCCAACAGCAUAUAUGUGGCGCCACAAUCCUUUCUCCAGAGUUUGCUAUCACAGCAGCGCAUUGUGUACAUUCUACUUCAGAAGAUUACUUUUUGCAACUUAACAAUUACCGAGUAACAGACGACAUUGUUCCUCGCGCUAUUGUUUUGGAAAUUAUUACACACGACUUGUAUGAUCGAACUACAAGAGCUCACGACAUUGCUAUACUGCGUAUAAUGCUAUCGGAGAUCAUAGCAUGGACGGACAGCGUAAUAUUACCAAGCCCGUCAUUAAUCGGUGUGUCAGGUGAAUGCAGAAUAUAUGGUUAUGGAAUAAAAGAUAUCAACUCGUCGGAGGCUACAGAGCAAUUAUACGGCGGGAAACUGAAAAUUGUAUCUUUGGACCAAUGUACAAAUAAAUUAGGUCCGUACGUCGCACCAAAAAGGGAUGGCGGAAUGUUGUGCGCUGUUGGCGAUGGAGUCGACGCCUGUCAGGGCGAUUCAGGGAGUCCAUUAAUAUGUGAUGGAGUGGUACAAGGCAUUUGCAGCUAUGGUAUGGGCUGUGGAGCUAAUGGCGUCCCUGGAGUCUACACUGGCAUAGGAGCUCACUUGCAAUGGAUACGGGAUGUCACACAGAUUUAGGUCUUAUUGAUUAAUCUAUAUUGUGAUUAUAAUGUUAUCUUGCAUUUGUAGAAAAUAAAACAGAAGAAUUUAUUCGAAUUCUUACUAA